AUGGCAGUGGAAUCUUCGACACCUGAGGAUGGCGAGGUUAGAGUCACCGCCGUGGGUCGACUCACACCGUAUGUGAGAUAUGCUAUUAGGUUAUUACAGGAGGAUGGAAGAGACACAAUCAAGAUCGUUGCGUCUGGGCAAGCCAUCUCGAAGGCGGUCAAUGUGGCUGAGACUUUGAAGAGGAGAUAUCGUGGGCUAUAUCAGUUGACUGAGUUGUCAGCGGUUGAACUCCAAGAGACUUUGGACAGGAAUGAUGGUCGAAGAGUGAGAGGAGAAAAGGAGACUACUACCCGAAUGGUGUCUUUGGCGACUAUAACGAUGUCAACUAAGCCUUUGGAUAAGUCCAAGCCGGGGUAUCAAGAGCCCUUGCCAGAUUCGGAGGUUGACGAGAGCGACCACGAAGGGAACUCUGAGUCUGACUUCGGAGAGGCGCCGAGAUAUGGCGGUCGAAAAGGCAAAGGGAGAAAGGGCAGUGGUAAGGGCUAUCGUGGAGGCUAUGGGUCCUGGGACUACUACGAUGGGUAUUACUAUUAUGUACCUGUUGGCAAGGGGAAGGGGUGGUCGACAAUGGGUGGUUACUAUUAUCCGCCUUAUGGCAAGGGCAAGGGAAAGGGAAAGGGAAAAGGAUACGGAAAAGGUGCCCCACGUGUUCGCUAUUGGUGGUGAGAGAGAUUUCACAGUAAUUGUAUUGUGUCACGCGCCACAAAAUCAGAGUAGAGUCUAACUUA